UUUUGCAUAAAUCAAGCUCAUUCGUUUUCUCCUUCUCUAUCCAAAAUCAAAUGGCUUCGAUCGGCUUCUUUGAAGCAUUCAUUGCUUUCCUCUGUUUUCUCAUAUUCUCAUACUUUCUCAUCAAGAAACCCUUUUAUUACUUCCUCAUCAAGAAAACCUUACAAAGCUACCCCUGGAACUGGCCGGUUCUUGGGAUGUUUCCGGGUCUGCUUGUGAGAAUGAACCGGAUCUAUGACGGCGUGGAGGUUCUCGAGAACUCCAACCUGACGUUCCCAUUCAAAGGACCAUGGUUCACUGAAAUGGAUAUAUUAGUCACGGUUGAUCCAUCUAAUAUUCGUCAUAUAAUGAGCUCAAACUUCUCCAACUACCUCAAAGGUCCAAAGUUCCAAGAGAUUUUUGAUGUUUACGGAGACGGGAUAAUGAACGUAGACGCGGAGCGAUGGAAUGAACUGAAGAAGUGUUAUCAAGCCAUGGUCCAUCGUCAAGGGUUCCAAAACUUUGCAAUAAACACCACGAGAAAUAAACUCAAAGACGGACUUUUGCCUCUUUUUAGUCGUUUUGCAGAGGAAGGGACGGUCUUCGACUUGCAGGAUGUGUUCCAGAGAUUCAUGUUCGAUACAACCCUAGUUACAGUUACCGGCUCUGAUCCUCAAUCUCUCUCCAUUGAAAUGCCAGAGGAUGAGUUCAUGAAAGCUCUCAGAGAUGUUGAAGUAACGAUCUUGUAUAGGCAUCUUAUACCAAGAUUCAUAUGGAAGCUGCAAUACCGGAUGGGAUUGGGACAAGAGAAGAAGCUGAGAGAAGCUGAUGCCACCUUUGAACGUAUGUCUGAAAAAUACAUAUCGGCUAAGAGAAAUGAAAUACGAAAAGGGUUUCAUCAUGAUCAUUCCGAUAAAAAUGGAGAAGCAGAGGAUGUUUUAACGUUCUUCAUGAAGCUUGAUGUAACCAAGUACGAACUCUUGGACCCUAUUGAUGAUAGAUUCCUCAGAGAUGUCAUAUUGGGUUUCAUUGUUGCGGGGAGAGAUACUAUUGCAUCCUCACUCACUUGGUUCUUCUGGCUUCUGUCUGAAAACCCUAGAGUGGUGGCUAAGAUUCACCAAGAGAUCAACACAAAUCUACCAAGAUUUGUCGGAAGUGGUCUGGAGAGACCGUCUCAUGACCCCGCAGAGCUGAACAAAUUGGUGUAUUUACAUGGCGCAUUGUUAGAAUCAAUGAGGCUUUACCCACCAAUUCCGUUCCAGCGCAAGUCAGCAAUCAAACCAGAUUUUCUUCCAAGUGGGCAUAAAGUGGAUGCAGACUCAACGAUCAUUAUCUUUCUCUAUGCGAUGGGGAGGAUGAGAGCGAUUUGGGGAGAAGACGCAGCAGAGUUCAAACCAGAGAGAUGGGUUUCCGAAACCGGAGGAUUAAGACAUGAGUCUUCUUACAAGUUCUUUUCAUUUAAUGCCGGACCAAGAGCUUGUCUUGGUAAGCAUAUAUCUAUGAUCCAGUUGAAAACGGUGGUUUUGGAGAUAUUACAAGACUAUGACAUUGAGGUCCUAAAGGAACAGAAGAUUGAGCCAUACCCUGGUGUUAUUCUUCGUAUGAAGAAUGGGCUUAACGUCACAGUUAAGAAUAGAUGCUAAUCAAUCAGCUUGUAAUAACGAGAUAGAUUAAAUCAUGUUUCUUAUAUGAUUGAUGAAAUAAAUAUA